AUGUCCGCCACCCAACAGAACGGUUCUGACGGCUCGACCACAAAACCAUGGAUCAUGAAUGCCUUCGCCAUGGUCGCCCCAGGCCACCUUGCACCGGGACUUUGGAGACAUCCUGAUCAAGGACCGCAGACUUUGGACCAUUGGGUCGAGCUGGCGAAGAAGCUCGAUGAAGCAAAGUUCCAUGGCAUCUUCUUCGCUGAUGUUCUCGGCAUCUACGAUGUGUACAAUGGUAUCGGUCCAGCUCUCAGCUCGGGUGCUCAGAUCCCGCAUCUAGAUGUGUCACUGUUGAUCUCGGCGAUGGCGCAUGCGACUAAGAACCUCUCCUUCGGUGUCACGGCGUCAACCUCGUAUGAGCACCCGUAUACCUUGGCCAGGAGGUAUUCCACAUUGGAUCAGAUCACAAAUGGUCGGGUCGGGUGGAAUAUCGUAACCAGCUAUCUCGAAAGCGCCGCAAAGUCCUAUGGUCUUGAAGGUACCGUCGAACAUGACGAACGAUACAGGAUUGCGGAUGAGUUCCUCGAAGUCGUAUACAAACUGCUCGAGGGCAGCUGGGAGGAUGAUGCUGUCGAAGGCAAUAAACGGACCGGAGUCUUCACCAAUCCAAACAAAGUGCAUCACAUCAACCACGUCGGCAAACACUUCAAGUGUAAAGGUCCAAACCUGGUCAGCCCUACACCACAACGUACCCCUUUCCUGCUGCAAGCCGGCGCAUCCAAAGCCGGCAAAGACUUCGCCGCGAGCCAUGCUGAAGCAAUGUUCUUGCCUGGCACGAUUCCCGAAAAGACCAGGGCAAUCGUCGAUGACAUGAAGAACCAACUUGUAGCUCACGGUCGAUCCGAGCACGAUAUCAAGUUCAUUGCUGGCAUUUUCAUCGUGGUCGAUGAGACUGAUGAGAAGGCACAGGCCAAGUUCCAAGAUCUGUUGCAAUACGCUGAUCUUGACGGCACUGCUUCAUUAUUUGGCGGCUGGAGUGGCACGGAUUUGUCGAAGUUCUCGGACGACGAAGAUUUUGCCUUCAACGGACCGCCUGCGAUUCAGUCCAUGGUAGCAUCCUGGACGGCCACUGUUCCCGGUACCAAAGGCCUGAAGUGGACGAAGAAGCACGUCCUGGAACAAUUGGCCAUCUCGGGAGCGCACCCACGUGCUAUUGGCAGUCCUCAGACGGUAGCUGAUUAUAUGGAAAUGUGGGUACGCGAAGCACGCGUUGAUGGGUUCAACAUUAGCUAUGCCACCACCCCUGGCACCUUUGAUGACCUGAUCAAAUAUCUGUGGCCAGAAUUGCGGAAGCGAGGGGUGCUGCAGCAGGAGUACGCUGGUGGAAGUAUGCGAGAGAACUAUCUCCAGGAUGGAAAGGGGCCACGAGCGCGUGAGGGACAUCCGGCGACGAAAUAUAGACAUACAGAGUGA